CGAUACAUACUUGCUCGGCCCACCACACACUGACGGGCAACAGAAUACGCAUCGAGAACAUUCCACGAUACACGUAUAUCCAACAAAUUAUGUUGUCAUGUUGCUAUGCAACCGUGCACCGAUACGGUUGCUCGAUAUUCCUUAAUGCUCCCUGGCUGGCUCCCUUCUUUAGAUAGCCGGCAACCAGUCGAGGUAACCAGUUUAGUAGGGAAAGCAGUCCAAGACGCAUCGCAACGAGGUGAAGCAAUGUCCGAAGGCAUUAGAAGGGCACGAAGCGUUCAGCUGAAAUAUCUGGCCACACUGCAUCAGAUUGGAAAACCACUGGAGGAACCGAUUGUUGGUAGACACUUCAAGCUGCCGGAACGGCCACGACCGGCAGAACAUCCCGUGUUCGAUAUGUCACUGCUGUAUAUCCCUAUCUAUUGCCAUCUGGUGCUACAUCCACCGGAAGAGAUUGUACGACCGGCGACGCCGGAUUUAAUUAUACGGGCCCGCAUAGAGAAGGCGGUCGAAAAUUGGAUGGAUUAAUGCUGUACAUGCUGUCCCUCAACGUAAGUGAAGUGAAGAUUUUAGUGGAUCGUGCAGAUAUACUCCGAACACGCCAUACACAACACCGUG